CCCGAACUUCCAGACUUCCCAUUUCAUUCCCGAAGCUGCGCCGCACGCGUCGCGUGAGCUCCCACCAUCGUCCUCGACCGACGACAUCAAACGCACCUCCUUUUCCUAUUCUGAAGUGUGCUGUUUGCAUCUUCUUUGUCCGCACCCGUCUGCCUGGCUUGGUCGGUUCCCUUACAGUUCAUCAAUUCUCAGGCCCCGCCCUAGCGCGGUCCGGGGCUUAGCUCGGCCGCCCUACCCACAUCACCGACCGACCCCCAACCUUCACCUCCACCCCUCGAAACCCUCUCCGCUGCGCCAGCCCUCCACUCUACAGGCACCUCCCUCCAGAACGAGGCCUCCUCCUCUCUAUCCGCUCAAGUUUCCUUCUACACUCUCUUCUGUCUUCUCAAGCCCGCUGGUUGUGGUGCUCUUUUCCCGCGCGUGGUCGCCUACCCUUCUGUCGUCGGCUCCACCACUCCAUUGAGCGACAGCUCCCCAGCCUUCUGGACAAAGCCCAAGCGGUUAAGGCUCAAGCGA